AUGGGAAUAGCCUAUUCAAAUGAUGACUCUCUUAACCGAUUGCGAUCAGAGUAUGACCGGCAGGUGAGAGACGCGUUCUUCAAUAUUUUUUUUAGCUUAACAGGCAAAUCGUACUCAUGGACCAUUAUUGGCAACAUAAGCGGGCUGAGGAGUUUGCCACAAGGAAGGAGAUCGUAGGCUGGGAAGUCAUAUCAUUCGGAGCUAUAGCCACAACACUCUUUUUCACCGCUAUGAAGAAGAAAAACAAAGCAUUGAUACUACCUGUUAUCCCGCUUGUCACAUGGAUUGGAUACCGGAUGACUCAAGCAACUGACGAAUAUAUGGAGGUUGUCCAUAAAAGAGCCAAGGAAAUCCUAGAUGACCCUAGACAAAAAAAAUUGAUCACUUUAGCUGGUGGAAGAAUAACCCUCAAAGAAUUGGACGAACGUCGAGCAGCUUGGAAGAACAACUUUUUUACGAGUGAAAGAUGUGAAUAA